UAAAUACUGCGAGUGAGGAGCCAGACCUUCAUGGAACAGGUUCAAUCAGCAGUCAUGAGGUCUUUGAUGUUCCUGGUGCUCCUUGGAGCCGCCUUUGCUCUGGAUGAUGACAAGAUUGUUGGUGGAUAUGAGUGCACACCCUAUUCCCAGCCCUGGCAGGUGUCUCUGAACUCUGGCUACCACUUCUGCGGUGGCUCUCUGGUCAGCGAGUACUGGGUUGUGUCUGCUGCUCACUGCUACAUGUCACGUGUGGAGGUCCGUUUGGGCGAGCACAACAUCGUAGUAAAUGAGGGAUCUGAGCAGUUCAUCUCCUCUGAGAAGGUCAUCCGCCACCCCAACUUUGACUCCUGGAUCCUUGACAGUGACAUCAUGCUGAUCAAGCUUAGCAAGCCCGCUACCCUCAAUCAGUACGUGCAGACUGUGGCCCUGCCCAAUGGCUGUGCCGCCGAUGGCACUAUGUGCAGUGUUACUGGCUGGGGAAACACCAUGAGUUCCACUGCUGAUUCCAACAAGCUUCAGUGUCUGGAGGUCCCCAUCCUAUCCAACAGCGACUGUAACAACUCCUACCCUGGUAUGAUCACCGAUACCAUGUUCUGUGCUGGAUACCUGGAGGGAGGAAAGGACUCUUGCCAGGGUGACUCUGGUGGCCCUGUGGUGUGCAAUGGUGAGCUGCAGGGUAUUGUGUCCUGGGGUUAUGGCUGUGCUGAGAAGGAUCAUCCUGGUGUCUAUGGCAAGGUCUGCAUGUUCAGCCAAUGGAUCGCCGACACCAUGAGUAACAACUAAAGCUGAUUCAAAAUCACAUACAGCCUCCAAAUCUGCAAUCCAUCAGUUUUUCUUUGUUUUGAAGAUUAAAAACCUGUGAAAAUAAAAGCAUUUAAAAUA